AUGGCCAGCAUCCCGUGUCUUUCAACCAAUCCCUCGGUGACUGCACUCUACGUGGGACUGGUAUGCUUGUUUCUCUACAUCAUUGCCCUGGGCAUAUACAGGUUGUACUUCCAUCCAAUCGCCCAUUUUCCAGGCCCGAAACUCGCCGGCUUGACGAGAUGGUAUGAGUUCUACUACGAGGUCAUUCAGCAGGGCAAUUUCACAUUUCACAUCCAGGACCUUCACAAGAAAUAUGGACCAAUUGUGCGUUGCACUCCCAAUGAACUCCAUGUGCUAGAUGCAGACUAUUUCGAGGAAUUGUAUGUGAAAUCUGGGAAAUUGGACAAAUACCGUCCAUUUUCAGCCAGAUUUGGAACGGAUGAAACCUUUUUCACCGCGCCGUUGCGCGAGGACCAUAAGAAACUGCGCAAUGCUGUUGCGCCUUUCUUCUCCAAGAGAAAAAUCGUGGACUUUCAGCCCAUCAUUCGAAAUAAGCUGAACAAACUCACGACCAAGAUCGAAGAAUACGUCGGCACAGAUCGUGUGCUUCCUCUCCAUCGGGCCUGGACCGCCUUUUCAGGAGAUAUCGUCACCGAAUUCUGCUUUGCAAAUGCAUAUGAUCACCUGGACUCACCUGAUUUCAAGGACACAUUCCAUGAGGGCAUGCAUGCGGCUUGCGAGUCCUCGAAUGUCCUGAUGCAAUUCCCGUGGCUGUGGCCUAUAAUGAACAGUUUGCCCGACUGGUUGGUUCUGAAACUCGAACCAACAAUGUACGUCCAUAUACAAGUGCAAAAGGACUUCAAACGUACUCUGACCAAGCUGAAAGCCGAGCAUGAUGAGACCAAGAGGUCUGUCGACCAUGCGACUCUCUUCCAUGAAAUGCUGAACAGUGACCUCUCGCCUCGAGAAAAAUCAAUCGAACGUAUGAUGCAAGAAGCGCAGGUCAUCAUCGGCGCCGCCAUCCUGACGACGUCAUGGGCGGCUGCUGUGGCGAGCUAUCACAUCAUCGAUAAGCCCGAGAUCUUCAAGAAGCUACGCGCGGAACUGGAGGAGGCUCUCCCAGAUCCAAAAGCUCCUCUGGACUGGCAACGCCUCGAACAACUCCCCUAUCUGACGGGCUGUAUCAAAGAAGGGAUCAGAUUGGCGUAUGGGAUUGCAUCUCGCCUGCCACGUGUUGCCCGACACGACCUCAAGUACAAAGAUUGGGUGAUCCCAGCGGGGACGCCCGUGUCAAUGACUAUCGUUGACGUAAAUCACGAUGAAGAGAUCUUUCCCGAGUCGCAUUCCUUCGUACCAGAGAGGUGGCUCGACAACCCGAUUACUGCAAAUGGCCAGAGUUUAGAAAGAUACUUCAUCGGAUUUGGGAAAGGUGCGAGAUCAUGCAUUGGUCUAAAUCUUGCCCAGGCAGAACUAUACACAGGUCUUGCGGCUAUUUUCAGACGCUUCAGCUUCGAGCUGUAUGAGACCGAUGUGACAGACACAGUUCUCAAACAUGACUAUUUUGUCCCAACUGUCAAAUUUGACACCAAAGGAAUCAGAGUAAAAGUAACAUCCACAGAGAAAUAA